GCAGCCAUACCACCAAAGAAAGGAUGCUAUUAAAAUCUUUGGGUCUGGGCUAAAUGAUGUUGCAUUGCAGCUUCCCACUCCAGUCCUCAGUCAUGGCUUACAAAACACUGAACUCAAGAUCUAUUUGCAACUUCAGCUCCCAGGUGUCAGCCGCAGCAUCCUACCUUCGGACUCUAAUUUCCCUUAGCAAAUGCAGGACUGUGCUCUCAUCUGUUUUGCUAAACACUAAUAUGGUCAAUGCAGGAGAAAUGAAUGGUUCUGGCAACCUGAUGGAUUUUCUGGAUGAGCCUUUCCCCGAUGUUGGGACUUACGAAGACUUCCACACCAUUGACUGGCUGCGAGAGAAAUCACGCGAUACUGACCGCCAUAGAAAGAUUACAAGCAAGAGUAAGGAAUCCAUAUGGGAGUUCAUUAAGAGUUUGCUGGAUGCCUGGUCAGGAUGGGUUGUAAUGCUUCUCAUAGGACUAUUGGCAGGCACAUUAGCUGGAGUGAUAGAUUUAGCUGUGGAUUGGAUGACAGACCUGAAGGAGGGUGUCUGCCUCUCUGCGUUCUGGUACAGCCACGAGCAGUGCUGCUGGACGUCUAAUGAAACUACAUUUGAUGACAGGGACAAAUGUCCCCAGUGGCAGAAGUGGUCUGAACUUCUUGUAAACCAGUCUGAGGGUGCAAGUGCUUACAUUCUAAACUAUUUUCUAUACAUUAUGUGGGCUCUAUGUUUUGCUUUCCUGGCAGUCUCCCUGGUCAGAGUGUUUGCUCCCUAUGCCUGUGGCUCUGGAAUCCCAGAGAUAAAAACCAUCUUGAGUGGGUUCAUUAUUAGGGGCUACCUGGGAAAGUGGACACUUUUAAUCAAAACAGUCACCUUGGUUCUGGUGGUAUCUUCAGGCCUCAGCCUUGGGAAAGAAGGGCCCUUAGUCCACGUGGCCUGUUGCUGUGGAAACUUCUUCAGCAGCCUCUUCUCAAAGUACAGCAAGAAUGAAGGAAAGAGGAGAGAGGUGCUUUCAGCCGCGGCAGCUGCAGGAGUUUCUGUUGCCUUUGGGGCUCCAAUUGGAGGUGUACUUUUUAGUCUGGAAGAGGUCAGUUAUUACUUUCCUCUGAAAACCCUCUGGAGGUCAUUUUUUGCUGCUCUCGUGGCUGCCUUCACACUGAGGUCCAUCAAUCCUUUUGGAAACAGCCGACUGGUCCUUUUCUACGUGGAGUACCAUACACCCUGGUACAUGGCCGAGCUCUUCCCCUUCAUUCUGCUCGGCGUCUUUGGUGGCCUCUGGGGGACCCUCUUUAUCCGAUGCAACAUUGCCUGGUGCAGGAGACGAAAAACCACCAGGCUUGGGAAAUACCCAGUCCUGGAGGUUAUUGCGAUAACGGCUAUUACUGCCAUCAUUGCCUACCCCAACCCGUACACUCGGAGGAGCACCAGUGAGCUGAUCUCAGAGCUCUUCAAUGACUGUGGUGCCCUGGAGUCCUCACAGCUCUGUGACUACAUCAAUGACCCAAACAUGACCCGGCCGGUGGAUGACAUUCCUGACAGACCUGCUGGCCCUGGAGUCUACACUGCCAUGUGGCAGCUUGCCUUGGCUUUGGUGUUCAAAAUUGUCAUCACGAUAUUCACUUUUGGCAUGAAGAUCCCUUCAGGCCUCUUCAUUCCCAGUAUGGCUGUUGGAGCCAUGGCUGGCAGGAUGGUUGGGAUUGGAGUAGAGCAGCUGGCAUACCACCAUCAUGACUGGAUCGUCUUCAGGAACUGGUGCAGACCUGGGGCAGACUGUGUCACACCAGGACUUUAUGCUAUGGUGGGAGCGGCAGCUUGCUUGGGUGGUGUUACCCGAAUGACGGUCUCUCUGGUGGUGAUUAUGUUCGAGCUAACUGGAGGCCUGGAGUAUAUCGUACCUCUUAUGGCUGCAGCUGUCACAAGCAAGUGGGUGGCAGAUGCCUUUGGGAAAGAAGGGAUCUAUGAAGCUCACAUUCAUCUGAAUGGUUACCCAUUUCUGGAUGUGAAGGAUGAAUUUACACACCGAACCCUGGCAACAGACGUCAUGAGACCAAGGCGUGGCGAAGCUCCUCUCUCUGUUCUGACGCAGGACAGCAUGACUGUGGAGGAUGUUGAGACAUUAAUCAAAGAGACUGACUACAAUGGCUUUCCAGUCGUGGUUUCAAAAGACUCGGAGAGACUUAUUGGAUUUGCACAGAGACGAGAGCUGAUUCUUGCAAUAAAGAAUGCAAGACAGCGUCAGGAUGGGGUGGUGAGCAAUUCCAUUGUGUAUUUCACUGAAGACCCCCCAGAACUGCCACCCAAUAGUCCCCAUCCACUGAAGUUGCGGCGUAUUCUCAACCUGAGCCCUUUCACCGUCACUGACCACACACCAAUGGAAACCGUGGUAGAUAUCUUCCGGAAACUUGGACUCCGACAGUGUCUUGUCACUCGCAGUGGGAGGCUGCUGGGUAUCAUAACUAAAAAGGAUGUAUUAAGACAUAUGGCUCAAAUGGCAAACCAGGACCCUGAAUCUAUCAUGUUUAACUAGUCUGGUAAAGGGCGAAGAAAGUAACCCCAAAGGAAUCCCUUCUAGAUUAACACAAAGGCUAUGUUCAGUGUUUCAUUUUGUUUAAAGAGAAAAUGUAAUGUGUAUGAGGAAUGGCCUAAUAUGUCUCCGACAGAGGGAGUGGAUGCAGGAUGGCACUUAUUUAAUGAGGAAGGCAGUUUAGAAGCUCCGAGCAGCUGCAGACAUCAAGCUGUGUUUCCUUAAUGAGUUACCUAACAGCUCGAUUGGUGCAUUGGUGGGCGUAAGUGAUGUGGUGCUGAGAGACAAAGAGCCAGGAGCACCAGUGGGAUGCAUAAACAUUCACAGGAACUCAGGAGGCAGGUGUGAAGACUAGCAGACACCGUUUAUGCAUAAAUUGUUAACAAAGAUUUGUGUUCCAAACUAGAGAGCGUGUAUGAGUAAUGUCAGUUGUAUUUGUUACUGAAAUCAUGGCUAUUUGUUUGCUAGUGAAUUAUACCAUUUUCAUGAGGAAAAAAAUGUCAUAUUUUAAAAUGAAAAUUUUUGUCACCUUCAUUUAUUUUUUUUAAAAGUUAAGUGAUUCGGGACUGAAAUUAAAGGAGCAAGAGCACACUUAAAUUCAUUUUAAAAUGUAGUGUCCCCUGCUCCCUGUUUUAGUCCUUUGAAUUUUACAAUUUAUAUAUAUACAAUUUAUAAAUAUACAGUUCAGCAUUUCUGUCAAUCAGCUUUUCUUUAUUAAUAUUGAAAUGUGACUUAUUUCUAAGGAUUUAUUAUUUCUCUAUGCAAUUUUGCAUACAGGUACUGUAAUAUUUAGUAUUACGUGGUUUGCUAUGACAACAGGAAAAAGCAUAAAAGCCCGUGGAGGAAUUUUCAAAGGCACAAAAGGGAGACUGGUAUCCAGCUCUCAUCAAAGCUAGUGACAAGAAAUUGAAUCCUUUGCCUGCCUCCCCUUAUGUAAAGAAAAAUAGUUUUUCACAGGCUUAUGAAGUUCUGCAUUGAUUUCUGAUUCUCCAUUUAGUUCCUUUUCUUCGUUGCCUUUUCUUGGCACUUGUCUGCACCUGCCAAGAGAUUGGUUAAGUUAAUUUAGCAACCACAGACAUUUAUUCUGUAGUAGAUCUACUCUUUACACUUCUACCGCCAGUCAUAGGACUGCAGAAUUGCUCCCCAUAACACUGUGGCAAGGAUAAGGGAUCAAAGCAACUGAGAAUGCAAAUGUCAAUAGCAAGGCUUUAAUUAUUGAUCUAUUUGCAGCAAGAACACAUGAUUUAACAUCUCUCAGUAGGAACCUCUAAGACACUCAGGUAAAAAUGCUAUGUUUUCUUAAACCUUGGUUCUGGUCCUGCAGAAGAUAAACACAGUCAACAUUGUCUGUGUCAAAAUACUAGCACUUUAGUCACGACUGCUGUCACUAAUAGGUGACCAAAUUCUACUCUCAGUAACACAUAAUUCACACUGCCCAGUGUUUGGUUUACAACUAUCAACUUAAAGAUAAUGACUGGAGAAAGGCUGGAUCCUAACUUAGGUUCCUCGAAUCCCCAGCAGGAGGGCCUUCUGACCACCUGAGAGUCUGGACUAUUCAUUCAGGCAUCUAAAUCCUCUACUAUUUUUGCUCAAAUAUAUAUAGAUACCAGUAGCUCAAAUCUAUUGCAUCCAAAUGGUUUUCAGAGACAGAGAUUAGGGAAGAAGAAUAUGCCAGAUGAACCUUUCAUUACUCCAGACAAAAGCCAUACUGUGUUAAACCAACUUGUAGGCAGUGUGAAUGAUCAUUGUGUCCCUGAACUGAGACAACUAGCCAGGUGCACCCUAAGUUAGAUGCCCAAAGUUACAAAUUCCUCCUCUUAUCUCCAGUGACCCUGCUUCCUUCUGGCAGGUGUCCCACUGCAUUCACAAAAAGUAUGGCCCCAAUUGUUUAAGUAAAAGAAACGGAAGUAAAAGGAUAAUUUUAAUCUGCUAAGUACAGCAUUUAACAAUAGUGUUUGCAACAGACUGACAUAAAUAUAUGUAGCUCUGGCCAAAGCCCAUAGAUAUUUCAGUGUAUAUUUUUGUUAAACAUCUGCAGUAAAAUGUAUUAUUAAAGGGAUAUUGUUAAAACUAUGAAAACUAUAGGACUGAGCAACCCUUUCAUUCUGAAAAUAGGAAAUGCAACAUAACAUUGUUGUUUCUUUUGUUUUGUCUUUGAAGCAGUCAUCAACCAAACUCAUAAAAAAGCAAAUGACUCAACCACCAAGCUCAUGAAAAUUGGAUUCCCUCAUUUGAAGAGAGAUGCCAUCUUAAAAAAUCAGUGAAUUUCCAAAACUAAGCCCAAAUGGGGUUUAGUACAAACGUCAGGUUCUAACCAAAAUUAUGAGAAUCUAAAUUUGCUAACUUUUGAGGGCAUUCUUGUUCUGAAAUUGAAACUGAAGGACCACGUUUUACUUUUCAUUCUUAUAGCCCUUAAUGUUAGUAUAUGUUUGAUGAACACUUUCUCCAUCUCCCCUUAUGUUUAUAUUGGAAGCAAGUGUGCAGACUCUCCCACCUGAACACAUCUAAAUACCUCUUUUGCUCAGAAGUCAAUAGAAAUAAGUUAGAAAGUCCAUUUAAUUGAAAUCAAACCCUGUGCUUCAUAUAUGUCAGGGAAAAGGAGAGGUCUUAAUGCCUUCUCUGUUGGCCAAGGAAAUUUCAGUCCAUGCCACACUAGAAUUUAGUCCAUGGCAGAGCUAACUCUGAAGAGCAUUCAGAGCAUGUGUUUGCUAACAGAAACCAGGAUAAUACAUCCAUGCUGAAAAAAAAAUGUCAUUUCCUGAGGAAAAAGAUGUUGAGUCAGCUAACUGAGAUUAAACUCGUUGUGAAUACAAACUCAUCUGGGUGUUGACUAGGGUUAUGGCUCAGUCCAUGGUUAUGCAUAGGCAUAAACUCGUGUGGCAAAUUCCCCUUCAUACCCAGAGGCCUGAUCCACUAAAACCAACAGCCAGCCAUGUGAUAUCUUGUUGGCUCCUCUUAUUAGGCUGCAUAUGAGAAGGACUCAAGGACAUUCAAGGACUUAAGAACAGGGUCCAUAAGACCAGCAUGGUGGUGGUUUGUAGGAAGCAACAACAGAAGAAAUUGAGACUUUAACUUUGGGACUACCACCCAAGCAGAAGGCAGGUAAAUGAGGGUCCAGCUCUUUUUUACCAAACAUGUUCCUCUUUAGAUGGCAUCAUUUAAAUAUUUAAGGGUCAGAGAAAAAGGUUUGAAUGUGUAACUGAGAACAUGGGUACAGACUGCUGCUCCUAGUUAUGAAGUCUGUUCAAAAUACAUUAAACCCCCUUAGAGCAGGGACUGACAUCUAGCUCUGCAGAAAUGGCAUAGGAAUAGCUGACUUCAGCUGCUUGGUCUUAUCAUGGCUGAGUUAAUGCUAGAAUGACAAGGAAGGCUUAGAAACAGGACAGACUUUGUUAAUCAGAAAACUUCCAGAGAUGGUAGUUGGCUGUAAGUCCUUCUGUUGAACUUCCUCCAUGCUACAAUUUUCAUUGCUCUUAAGAGUUCAAGUGGCUGCAUGGGGAACACUUUGUAUAAAUUAAUAUCAUGCUUUUUGCAAAAAAUGCAGUUAUAAUGUAAUAAUUCCCCAUAACAAGCCCAUUAUUAGUUACCAUUUUCCAUCUGUAUUCCCAAAUGUGUCUCAGAAGUCAGUGAAUAGACUCUAAAAGGCAUAAAUCUCAGCCUUAAGUAUUUGAAUCUGAAUAAGUCAAAAUAGAGUCACAUAGCCUGAUGAAUCUGAGUUACAUAUGUGCUUUGGUAUACAGUGCUCAGUUUAUGCAACUUCACAUUCAUGUAGUUGGAUUUAAAUCCUCACAUUCAAGCAGUUGGACUUUGAUGUCACAUUAAACAAGAGAACAAAACCUUUGAAUGAUGCAAGUUCAGUAUUGUACCUUUGUUUUGCAUGAACUGUGUUCAGUUACAUUCAGCUUCUGAAGUAUACGUGAAGCAAUUUGUACCAGAAAGUUUAUUAUUAAAACAGAGAACAUGGACGGGAUUAGCCAGAUCCUUUGGCUGUCACAGUGACACUAAUUAUUAAUUCUUAUGCUUUGAAGAAGCAGAAAAAGAAUGUUUAAGAAUUACAGAAUACCCAUUGAUUCCGUGUUGGAAUGACACUACUGAUAAGAAUAUUGUUUUGCUUUUUUGUUUGUUUGUUUGUUUUAAUUGUAGAAAACAGUAUAUAUGUUGCACCUUAUCAAAAACAAUGUUUGGACUCUAUUUUUUAAAUAAAACUGACACUGUACUGGAAA